GCCCCAUAGAGUCCUAUAGCCCCCAUAUUGACCCCAUAGGGCCCUAUAGGGUCAUCCUGCCCCACAUAUUGCCCCAUAGAUCCAUCAGUUCUCCAAGAAGGAGAUCGAGGACCUAUUGCGUAAAGGCGCCUACGCCGCCAUCAUGGAUGAGGACGAUGAAGGCUCCAAGUUCUGUGAGGAGGACAUUGACCAAAUCCUGCUCCGACGGACCACCACCAUCACCAUCGAGAGCGAGGGGAAAGGGUCGACGUUCGCUAAGGCCAGUUUUGUGGCGUCGGAGAAUCGCACCGACAUCGCGUUGGAUGACCCCAAUUUUUGGCAAAAAUGGGCAAAAAAAGCCGAUUUAGACCUGGAGCUGCUCAACAGCAAGAACAACCUGGUGAUCGACACCCCCCGCGUCCGCAAACAAACCCGCCAUUUCAGCACGUUGAGGGCUGUUUUAGGGGCGCAUUUGGGGCACUUUUGGGGUGUUUUUGGGGUGUUUUAG